GUUUCACAGGCUUGGGCAGCUUAGGGUUUAGUAGGGUUCAUGAUGAUUGCCCUUCUAGUAUGCACUAACAUCACAUGAAGAUCAUUUCCAGUAAGCAUCCUGACGAGUGAGAAAAAUGGCGCGUGCAAAACACAAGCGACUCCUUGCGGCUCGACGAGCCGCGAACGAGAAAGAGGCGGCGAAGGCCAAGGACGCAAGCGUCGUGGUAGAAAACAACAAAAGCGGAGGAGCGGCCACAUCGCAAAGUCUAACUGCUUUUUUGAAGGAACGCUGUGCUAUAGGACCAAAAGAAGACUGUAGCUUUUCAUGUUCUGAGAUCUUCUGCGAGCUGGCUAAUUUUUCAAGACUAGAGAUAGAUUUGUCAGAGUUUUGCAGCCGCAAUCUGAGUACUAGAGGAAGUGACCACAGCGUGGAUAUCAUCCAGGACCUUCGUCCUAACUUGCCUCACACAGGCGGAAUUGUGUGGGAAACGAGCUACCUCCUCUGCUGGUACAUGUUGGAAAAAGAACUCAACAAAGAACUUCUUAGCCAUGAUGGGACACGACCUACACCUGUGGUCCCUACUGAGUCACGACCCUCAACACUUGCAAUAAAUAAGAGUACAGCUACAUCAGUGCUUGAACUGGGUGCGGGGUGUGGUUUUCUCGGGAUAGCGUUGGCUAAAGCGCUUGGUGAGCGUGCUUCAGUGGUCCUAACCGAGUACGAAGGGGCCAUGGACAAUCUGAGAAAGAAUGUCGCGUUGAACUUGAACCUUAAUAUAGAACAGGGGAUGGACGAGGCACAGGAUGAACAAAAGAUUAAAAAGGAUGUGGAGCACAAGGAUGUCAUGGAUGAAGAAGAGACGCACAACAAGCACAAGCAAAUCAAAAACAACAUGGUUGCUCUUAACCUCGACUGGUGUACCGAAGCAUUGACAUUGAGUUUGGUGGAGGACGACAAGCAUGGGGGAACUCCUGUGGCAAAAAGGCAACGAGUAGAAGAAUCAGAAGCAACGAGUAGAAGUGCUGCUGCUUCAUCUCCAUUUGUUCAAAGAGUUCGGACCAUUGUCAGGACGCUUCUUGGGGGAGAAUCAUCUCCAAGUUCCGCUGAGGAACAGGUGAAUGCCGAGAAGGUGAAAAACAAGUCCAAAAAACGAAAACGGGAGACUACAGCAGAACAUCAAGAUGAAGCGAGUAAAUUAGAAAGAACACUUCCUGCGCCUGCCCAGUCACCUCCACGAGCUUUGUUUGAUUACAUAGUCGCAACGGAUGUGAUAUUCGAUAAGAAACUUGUUGGUCCGCUUUUGGCUACAUUACACCGACACGCACAUGGCAAAACGCGGAUAUUUCUAUGCGUACAAGAACGAUGCCAGGAAGCCCAUAGAGAAUUUCUAAAGCGAGUUGGUAACUACUUUACCAAAUGCAAAAGGGUGAAUUUAGAGGAAGCUUUUGGAAAUAAUGUAGUUGGGGAUGAAGAAGAUGAGAGUAAGACGCAAGUUCUUGAAGGAGAAAUAUCAUCUGAAAAAAGAAGUGCUUCAGCAUCAAGUACUUCAGUAUCUUCAUCUUCUUCUAAAAAGCUGAUGCCAUACUUGCUUUCUCGUUGUUCUAGCGAACUGAGCUGCUUGAUGUUUCGGAUAACCAGACCGAAAAGCCUUCAAGAAAAAAGCAUUUGAUCCCGCCUUUAAUCCGUCCCGAUGGACACUAAUUUACAACUCGGCAACAUAUUACAC